AUGUCAUUCUCGGGCACACCACUAGGUCAAGGCAGACGUCUCGAUCACCGCACUUUUCUCAAUAGGCAAAAUCCCAACACCAACCAUAACAACCCCAGAACUGUCAACCCCCCUACCAGUCCUCAGCGCAUAAUCCCAACCUCUUACGCUUACGGAGCACCCACUGCCGCUACCCGAUCUCCGCCAAAGCCCUUAUCGGCCAAUUCAACGCAAGAGCUGGGGCAAGAAGGCAAUACAGACGAACCUGCCCUCGUACGCUACGCUCAUAUCAAACAGCGAGAACAAACCACCCACACUCGUCCCAGCGCUCAGUUGGGACCACGCACCAUCACCUCACCACCUCGCCCAGAGAAGUGGAGUGUUAAAGACACAUCAGUUAAUAUCGCAACUGCAUUUUUACAAGCAGCAUCGAGCUCUCACGAAAUGCAAUCCAAUAAUCCCAAUCAUUCCUGGGCCUCAGGGUCCCAAACCAACCUCAAUGUACCACGAAGCACGUCAGUCGAGUAUGAGAAGGAGACUCAGUCCAUAAGCAAUCGACGCCUUGCACCACCACCAAACAGACUGUCUCAGCGGUCUAACCGUAUACCGCUUUCGAAACAGGUUUCAGUCACGCAGGUCCCGGACUCCGAAGGGGAGGAUGAAGCCGUGGACGAAAAUGGUCGUGCGAAGACUCCUUUUGAGCAGGUGGUAGACAUCACGAAGCGCGUGCUGGCACCUGCGACGUUCUACCUGCGGCAGCGAUCACAAGAACCAGCAGAUCAUUCAAAUGUAUCAAACGGCAAAGAUUCCAGUUACGAUUACUCUGCAGAGGAGCGUGAAUACCAAGAGAUGCAAGGUCAGAAGGAAGGAGAAGACCAAAAUGGAGAUCAGGACGCCAAAGCAUCGUCUCGAAGGAUAAAUGCAACACAUAAGCGGAACCGGAUGUCCAUGGAUAACAAGGCGUAUCGCCCGUCUGUAUCAGAAAUGGAAGAAUCAGAGGAUGACCUCUCAGACGAUGGGAAAAAGAGGAGACGGCGAGCGAAGAAGAAAGAAUUGGGCGGGGGACCCCUAACAACACUUCCCGUAGCAAGUUAUGGUAAGCGGAGGAGAAGAAAAGGACGUGGAAGUAAUAGGAAUUUAGAGGAAAUAGGAGAAGAAGAACAGGAAGGGAGCAGCAGUGGUAACGAACAGCGAUCAGCUCCUCAAAGGACGUCUAUUCCGCGGGGUUCGGCCCCUCCAUCUGUACGAGGAUCUAUCCCACCGGUGCACGAGACUUCGCAAGAUGAGUCGAUGGACGUCGAGGCUGGUCUACAAUCAAUACCAGAGAUAGAUGAGCCACCUGUGGUGGAUGGGUAUAUGGGUAGCCAACCAGUGCCAGCGCGGUCCAAAUCAUUUUCAAUAGGAGGACUUUUGGGUAAGCUGGUAAAUAGGCUGUGGCGAGGGAUAGUGGCCGUACUGCAUUUUCUGCUCGACGUGUGCACUGCGGUAGCAAUGCUCGCUGGUAAGGUGCUCGGGACAAUCGUCGAUGUGAUCUUACGUCGCCCCGCGGAUAUGGUUUCACGUACUAAUCCAGGUCCUUUUGUUCAACUGGGAAAAUACUUAAUGGUAGCGCUAAGCGUGUACGCCGCUUGGUAUGCUCUUCGCGAUCCUUUCCUCCAAUGGAUACCCUCGCGCAUUUCAGGCCCACCUACUUAUUAUGCCCCAGAUACCCCAAUCACGGAUUUUACCGAGUUUACUGCGCGACUACAAAAUAUCGAAAGCGCAUUGUCGGGACUUUCCCUUGAUCACCAACGCUCUCGCUCGCAGCUGGAUGUGGAUGCUCGGAGUAACGCAGAGCUGAUCAACAGGAUCUUUGCUCUUGAGGCCCGUGUCAAGGAGGAAAUUAAGCGUUCUGUGGAAGCGCAGCACCUCCUCCAAGCCGCUACAAGUCGAAGUCUGCAGGAAGUACGUGAAGAGAUGGAGGCGGUCCAAUCGCAUGUCCAGGAAGUUGAGGCCCACCCGCGAGAAUCUGUAGAACGACAUGCUGCAGAAGUGAGCGAUGAAGAAGCCAGGGGGAAACUGAAGGUCUUGGAGGAACGUUUAGGCACUGUAGAAGGCGGUGUGAAAGAGGCGCUCGAACUAGGCAAGAAUUCCGUCAGGCUGGAGGCGUUGCAGCUUCUGCUCUCCUCUGGUAGUGCUACGGGCUCUGGUAUUACCAUCAAGUCGAGCGAUGGGCAUGAUGUCACUUCUCUCAUUGGUCACUUGGUCGAAUCUGCUGUCUUAAAGUACAGUCAGCAGGACGACCUCUCGCGACCCGACUUUGCCCUCCAUUCCGCUGGAGCGCGACUCAUACCAUCGCUCACCAGCCAGACGCUUACUAUUUAUCCUGCAACGUUGGGCGCACGUCUGUACGGUUUAGUUUCAGGGCAAGGAACUGCGACGGGAAGGACUCCAGUUACAGUGCUGCAUCACGAGGUACAUAAUGGAUACUGCUGGCCGAUGGAGGGUACCAAGGGGUCAGUGGGUGUAAUGCUUGCAUACCCUGCUUAUGUCUCGGACUUCACCAUCGACCACGUUUCUAAGGAAGUGGCAUUUGAUCUCCGCUCAGCGCCUAGAGACAUGGAAGUCUGGGGUUUUGUGGAUGGUAAAGAUAACUUGGCUAAGGUGAGAGAGUGGCAGGCGGAUAAGGCCAAACGCCGCGAGGAGGCGAGGAGGAUAGCGGAAGAAGAAGGUUUGGAAUAUGUGGAGGAAUCGGAACCGGAAUACCCCAGCAUGCUCCCAACGUCGGAACCCUACAUUCGCAUCGCAUCGUUCACAUACGACAUAUACUCAUCAAGGAAUAUUCAGACCUUCCCCGUAUCGCAGGAAAUCAAAGAUCUCGGUAUCGAUUUUGGUGUUGUUGUGUUGGUUAUAAACAACAACUGGGGCCGUGACGAGUUCACUUGCAUCUAUCGAUUCCGUGUACAUGGAGAACUGAUGGGAGAGAUGGCUCUGCCCUAUCCUGAAGAAACCUCUGAAUCAUAAAAUUAGAUUUAACACAUUGUAUAUAUCUCGAUCCUUAUAUCGGCUUUCUUAAGGGUUUCCUUACAUAUUUUCUCAUUUCUCUACGUAUUUCUCACUGGCUAGCUUUGACGUGGUUCCCAUGAUAUCGAUUAUUGCAACCUGCUUUCACGUUCACGUAUGUAGCUACCGCUUACUUUUUAUACUUACGCUUCAUCGUAUCAUACUCAUCGGAUAGAUUUUUUGUGAAGCUGCGCACAAU